CGUCACCCACACUCAACCUGUGAGAUCUCCUCUCGCUUAUCCCCAUCCUCCUCCCCUUCAACUCUCUUCACCUGACAUGAAAACAAAGGUGUGGGGGGGUGGAGAGAGAGAGAGAGAGAGAGAGAGAGAGAAGGGUUCGAUCGAUCGAUCGAUCGAUUGAUUGAUUGAUAGAGAGAGCGGGUUGCAUCCCCAUCUGUUCUCGAGGCCAUCUGCAAUCGUCUUCGUCCUGCUUCUUGGUCUUGUUGGCUGCAGUGAUUGGAUAUGGAGAUCACGAGCGAGCCGACCAUGGAUCCGUUCUCCAUCGGACCGACCACGAUCGUGGGCCGAACGAUCGCCCUGCGCGUCCUCUUCUGUAGCUCAUCCUUCCGACUGCUCAGGCACCUGUGGUUGGUGGCGCUGCGGGCUUGGGCGACGAGGGUGAAACCCAUCCUGGCCUUCUUUCACCCCAGGAACCCCCAUGGCAUCCUCUUCCUCGUCGCCCUCCUCGCCCUCUUCCUCCGCCGCUGCUCCAAUGUCCGGUCCCGCGCCGAGUCCGCCUAUCGCCGCAAGUUCUGGAGCAACAUGAUGCGCAGCGCCCUCACCUACGACGAGUGGGCCCACGCCGCCAAGAUGCUCGACCGGGAGACCUCCAGGCCCAGCGACUCCGACCUCUACGACGCCGACCUCGUCCGCCACAAGGUCGCGGAGCUCCGCAACCGACGACGCGACGGUUCCCUCCGCGACGUCGUCUUCUGCCUCCGCGCCGAUCUCGUCCGCAACCUCGGCAACAUGUGCAACCCGGAGCUCCACCGAGACCGGCUCCAUGUUCCCGCCCUCAUCCAGGACUAUAUCGACGAGGUGUCGGCGCAGCUGCGCAUGGUCUGCGACUCCGACUCCGACGAGCUCCCCCUGGAGGAGCGCCUCGCGUUCCUGCACGAGGCCCGCCACGCUUUCGGCCGCACGGCCCUCCUCCUCAGCGGCGGCGCCUCCCUCGGCGCUUUCCACGUCGGGGUGGUCAAGACGCUCGUCGAGAACCGCCUCCUCCCUAGGAUCGUCGCCGGGUCCAGCGUCGGCUCCAUCGUUGCUGCCAUCGUCGGCACCAGGACGUGGCCCGAGCUGCAGACCUUCUUCAGGGACUCCUGGCACUCCCUCAAGUUCUUCGAUCAGCUGGGAGGCGUCUUCACCGUCGUGCGGAGGGUUAUGACGCACGGGGCCUUGCACGAAAUCCGGCAGCUUCAGAGGAUGCUCCGGCACCUCACCAGCAACCUCACCUUCCAGGAGGCCUACGACAUGACCGGCCGGGUCCUUGGCGUCACAGUCUGCUCGCCGCGGCGCCACGAGCCUCCCCGCUGCCUUAAUUACUUGACCUCCCCAAAUGUGGUCAUAUGGAGCGCCGUGACCGCGUCCUGCGCCUUUCCGGGGCUUUUCGAGGCGCAGGAGCUCAUGGCCAAGGACCUCAAUGGCGAGCUUGUGCCGUACCACAGGCCGGUGCUAGACGGGCCGGAGGCGGCCGUCAGCGAGCAGCGCCGGUGGAGGGACGGUAGCCUGGAGAGCGAUCUGCCGAUGGUGCACCUGAAAGAGCUAUUCAAUGUUAAUCACUUCAUCGUCAGCCAGGCCAACCCCCAUAUCGUACCGCUCUUAAGGCUCAAGGACCUCGUCCGGUCCAUCGGUGGCCAAUUCGCCGCCAAGCUCGCUCAUCUAACAGAGAUGGAGGUGAAGCAUAGGUGCAAUCAAGUGCUGGAGUUGGGUUUCCCACUGGGUGGGCUGGCCAAACUGUUUGCUCAAGACUGGGAGGGUGAUGUGACCGUCGUCAUGCCGGCAACACUUUCGCAGUACUCGAAAAUCAUACAGAAUCCUACUUAUGUGGACCUUCAGAAGGCAGCUAACCAGGGAAGACGAUGCACAUGGGAAAAGCUUUCUGCAAUAAAAGCGAACUGCGGGAUUGAACUUGUUCUGGACGAAUGCGUCGCCUACCUCAACCACAUGCGGAGGCUUAAGCGCAGGGCUGAAAGAGCUGCAGCGGCGGCGCAAGGCCUAAUGAAUGGCGGUGGUAUGGUGAGGAUCAGCGCCUCCCGCAGGAUACCCUCAUGGAACCGCAUUGCACGAGAAAAUUCUGCGGGAUCUCUUGACGAGGAGAGCCUUGCAGAAGGCCUUCAGGUUGGUGGAUUACAAUCCGGUCGCAAUGCAAGGAACAGCCGAGGCAAUCACGACGGCAGUGACAGUGAUACAGAGAGCACAGACCUCAACAACUCCUCUUGGACAAGGUCAGGUGGUCCUUUGAUGAGGACAGCUUCUGCGGAUAAGUUCAUCAGCUUUGUGCAGAGUCUGGAAUUUGGCCUGGAGCAGAGCAAACAUUUGAAGGAUGAACAACUCUUAGCACAUGCAAUUACAGAUGAAACUGUGAGAGAAACGCCUCAACCAGAUCCUCGUGCUGUUCAAAUGGGCAGCAGACCUUCUGGAACCGGUUCCAGUAUCACAGUUUCUGAAGGUGAUCUGUUACAGCCUGAAAUGGCUGAACAUGGAAUUGUCUUCAACGUUGUUAGGAUGGAGGAUUUAUCUCAAGUUAAUAAAAGCUGCGGUCCUGAGCAGUCGUCGAGUCAUCCUGUUGCAGAAUGUGUGCAGAUCGAUUGCCCUGACAAGGACAUGGAAGGUUACAAUGCCAGUUCAACCUCUGAUGACGAUUGUGAAGGAAAAUCAUGAUGAAGACAUCUGGCAAAUUCUGUGUCGACUGCAGAUUCUGCUGAGACAAUAAUAACCUACUGUACAGUUGCAAUAACCGCAGGUACUUGCUGCAUCCCUCUUCUCGCUGUAUUGAACCCCAGCCGGUGAAGGGCCACCGAAAGGUCUCACAAGGAGCCUCGAAAGUGGGGGCGAUGUAUAUAAAUAGCUAAAAAAACCAUAUACGUAUUUAAAGGAGGUAUAUAACAAGGAAAAACGGCCAACCUUAUAAUGCUUCUGUAUCGUAUUCGAGCAUUCUUUCCUGGUGUAAGAGUAUCAUGUACAUACUUCAUCAGUCGACUUUUGGACAGUUCCCGUUUUUCAGAUGGAUCUGCAUGUUGCAAUAAGAUGGGGACAAUGCCGUUGUGUAGUGUUCAAUAGAGUGUACAUCUUGGCUGUUAAUAUUACAUCGAAAUGUCACUUUGCUUCUGUAAUCAUUUUUAUGUGCUACAGUAAUUCUUUUCCAUUAGUCUAUUACCUCCAUAGUCUGCAUGAUUUCCUCUAUUUUCUCAUUUC